AGUGAUAAUAAUAGGUUGAGGAGUGAUCAUCCGACAUACGUUAGCCAAUCAGAACUUACAUCUUACUUGCGCAUGCGUAUUGCAUUUAGUACCGAAUUUUAAAUUUAUGUGACCAGUAGUUAAUCUUUCUUCUUUGACAAAAGUAACGAUCAUGGAGGAAUCAUUAAGUUAUAUGAAUAAUCGCUUCAACAACCGAUUAAACGAGUUAAUAGAAGAAAAAGGUGAGAACAAUCAAAUUUUUACAAAAUCAGCAUAUUUGUCAAUGAUACGAAAAGUGAAAGAGUCAAAAAUGAAAGUUACUUCUAAGUUACCCGAAGAAUAUCAGCGUUUACGUAGAUAUGACGUUGUAUCUAUCGGAAAUUUAGAAAAAUUAAUUAUGCCUGUAAAAGAAGAUAAUGCGAUUAAAUAUUACGUUCACACGGAAGAAAUAUUUCAGAUAUUGCACGAUGCCCAUAUUGCUAUUGGACAUGGCGGUAGAAACCGUAUGGAAAAAGAAUUAAGUACGAAAUAUAAAAAUAUUACAAGAGAGAUGAUCAUAAUUUACUUGAACUUGUGUGAAAUCUGUCAGAAAAAAAAGAAUGUUCCUAAGAAAGGCUUGGUAGUUAAACCAAUUUUAUGUAAUAAAAUGAACUCGAGAUGUCAGGUCGAUCUUACAGAUAUGCAGUCACAAGCCGAUGAGGAAUAUAAAUUUAUACUCGUGUAUCAAGACCAUCUAACUAAAUUCGUUCAACUACGACCGUUAAAAACCAAAAGGGCUGAAGAAGUAGCACAUGUUCUUUUAGACAUUUUUACAAUUUUCGGUGCACCGAGUAUUCUACAAAGCGAUAACGGCAGAGAAUUCGCCAAUAAUAUCAUCAAAGAAAUGUGUAAUAUGUGGUCCGAGUUAAAAAUGGUGCAUGGAAAGCCCAGGCACUCACAAAGUCAGGGUUCAGUAGAAAGAUGUAAUCAAGACGUAGAAAAUAUGCUUAGUUCUUGGUUGGAGACUAACAAUACUAACAAAUGGUCGGAAGGGUUACGUUUUGUACAACUGAUGAAAAAUCGAGCGUAUCAUACUGGUAUAAACUGCAGCCCCUAUGAGGCCAUGUUUGGAGCAAAGUUAAAAGUUGGACUAAAGAAUUUUAUACCCAACGAAUAUUUGAUCAACGUUAAUACGGAAGAGGAUCUAGAGAGACUUUAUAAAACUAUCGACGAAGUAAGUCAAAGUUGCUCAAACUCUGAAAGUCCAGGUACCGUCCAAGAAAACAUUAUGAAAGAUUAUUUGAUAAUGCCACCCUUACAUAGCAAUAUAACUGAUGAAGUUCAAAGAUCUACAUCGCCUUUACGUGAAAAAAAUCUAAACCAGGAUGUUAUUAGUAUUACAGAAUUGGUGAAUGAAGAAGAAGAAACAAUCGAAACAGUUGAUCCAAAAAUAGAAGAAAAAAAAAGAAGUGUGUCUAAAACAAGGGAGAUGGCUUUGUUUAAUCUUAAAAAGCAAGCAGAAAAAAUGAUUAAUACAUCAAAUUCCAAAUACACAGCAGCUAAUGUUGGUGAUACAGUAAGGAUUCGUGUACCUGAUGUAGAUCGAGCCCGCAGUGAUGGAAAAAAUAUUUUAGGUGUCGUUGUUGCGGUUAAAGAUAAAAACCUU